UUCACAUCGUACUCUGUGCUACUUAGUACUUUAUUUUCUUCCUCUCUCGGUGAUACAAAAGAUUCAAAAAUGUAUAACUAAGCGCUGAAGUAUUGAGUCAUUCGUAAAAAUUUCGAAACUUUUUACCACGCUAAUUAUAAGUGUUACAUAGUUCGGUAUGACUUCGACAAAAGCCGAACCGGAAGGGUUCACAGCAUCAGACGUGGAGCGCUUCUUCGAUGAACAGAAGCAGAAAUGCAGUGGACUGAUAGCAGAAUAUCUGAACAUGACUGUAAGAAAUGCGUUCAACGCGUCACAAUUUCAACACUGUCCACCGCAUUUCGACGGCUUGCUUUGCUGGCCGUACACCGAGUCCUCGAUCACUGCUAUUUUGCCCUGUCCUCCUGAAACUGGACCGAUACAACAUGUGGAUUUCUACAGUUUCGAGUCGAAUUUUGGCGACGCGAUAAUGGCAACAAAAGUUUGCCUCGCGAACGGCCAGUGGUACACGAAUUCCUCUGACACUCUGUGGAGUAAUUACAGUAUGUGCGAAAUGUCUGAUGAAUUUAUUAAUUACUUGGAGGCUGUCAUAGACUUGGGAAUGGAAAUAAUUUAUUCUACGGACUAUAGAAGACUAUUGGCUAAAUGGUUACCUAUCGUCAGAAUCGUGUCUCAAAUCGGCUACGCCACGUCUUUCACGAUGCUAGUGAUCGCGAUGAUCAUUUUUUCUUUACUGAGAAAACUGAAAAACCCGAGAAACAGACUGCACAUGCACUUGUUCGCUUCUUUCAUAAUGAGAGCAUUCAUGGCGCUUGUCAGAGAUUGGAUCUUCGUCGACGGCAUCGGACUCGCCGCGGACAUUAUCUACGUCGACGAGAAGAACGCUUUUAUCAAGCAACGAAACUUUCAGACGAUUGUUUGCAAAGUGAUUACCAGUGCCUGGCAGUAUUUCAUCGUUGCUAAUUACUCUUGGAUUCUUAUGGAGGGCUUGUACUUGCACAAUCUCGUCGUUCUCGCAUUUUGUGCGGACAGUCCAGCGAUCAAUUUGUACAUCCUGAUGGGUUGGGGUCUGCCUGUUUUCGUUGUCGUUCCUUGGAUAAUAAUCCGAGCCACGAUCGAAGACACGCUUUGCUGGACUACGCACAAUACUCCUUUCGUUUUUCUACUUAUAAGGAUACCCAUUAUGAUAUCGAUAUUAUUCAACUUCCUGCUAUUCGUCAACAUAGUACGUGUUCUCUUCAGCAAAUUUAAGACAUCGGUACAUUUACAACAAAAAAAGAUGCAAUACAGUAGGUGGGCCAAGUCUACUCUGGUAUUAGUACCACUGUUUGGAGCUCACUAUGCUCUGUUUCUUGGUCUCUCUGCUCACAACGAUCAUCGCGUCGAACUGGUCUGGCUGUUCUGCGACCAAUUCUUCGCCUCGUUUCAAGGUACGUUCGUUGCUCUGCUUUACUGUUUACUGAACAUGGAAGUCAGAACAGAGAUCAAACGAGCCUGGCGAGUCAGAUGGUCGAGGAACGUGAACGUUUACGUAUCGGCGUGUCGAGGAUCGAGAAACAGGAAGACUCAUCGUCGAGGCAGGCAAUCGAGAGACUAUGAUCACCCGACAGUCACCGGUACCAGUGUAAGGAAUCCGUUCGUGCUGCAGGUCGAUAGGAAAUCUAACGACUUUUGAACGAACGUUUUAGAAAUUAAGACAGAAUAAAGAGAAAUUCGAAAACUCGAUUUUUUUAUAUGUGUAGUGCUUCAAUUUUUCUGUGUUUCACUACUUCACGAACCUUGAGUGAUCGACA